AUGUCACAAGUCCAUCCUCAGAGGCCAGAAGACGGCAACCAGCGCGUCGUGACAAACGGGACCUCUCAUCCUGCUGCCCAUAACCAGCUGCCACUUCGAUCCAACACACAGAGACGCAUGUCCGAUUCCUCACCAGCGCCCAUGUUUCGACGCCCCUCAAGCGCCCCCGACGACAAUAACCAGACAUCUCCUGGAACCACGUUGCAUGGCGGGCAAUCUGAUGAUGACGACCAUAUGCCUGUCGCCCGGCCGGCCAAGGCGCCAUUAACGCGGUCCAAGAGCGAAUACGGACUGCGGUUGGAGAGGGAAAGCCCCAUCGAACAAGUUGACGAAGAGUACCAUGAUUGGGGUGCCAGGCAUGGGUUCGAGGACCAUUAUCAGUCCGAAGAAGUCAUUUCUCAGCUUGCAAAUAGCUGGUACAUGUACUUUACCGAUAAGCGACAUGAGACAACAGGGAAGCCAAAGACACCCGCUUUCGAGAUCCAAGACUGGCGUAUGCGCGAUCGCCUAAAAACAGUUUCUGCUGCGAUAGCUGUAUGCUUGAACAUAGGAGUGGAACCGCCAGAUCAACUUCGCACCACCCCGGGUGCCCGGCUUGAGGCUUGGCAAGAUCCGACGGUGCCUCCUGUUUCCAAGGCACUGGAGAAUAUCGGCAAAGCUUUGCAAUCUCAAUAUGAGACCCUUGCUAUUCGGACGCGCUACAAGCAGUAUCUAGACCCGUCCAUCGAAGAGACCAAGCGGUUCAGUGUCUCCCUCCGAAGAAGUGCCAAGGACGAGCGUGUGCUCUUCCAUUACAAUGGGCAUGGAGUGCCCAAGCCAACAGCCUCGGGAGAAAUCUGGGUUUUCAACAAGAACUACACGCAGUAUAUCCCCGUCUCUCUCUAUGACCUUCAGCAAUGGUUGCAAGCGCCCACAAUAUAUGUGUGGGAUUGCUCCGAGGCAGGCAAUAUCCUCACCAAUUACCACCGUUUUGUCGAGAAGCACGAGCAAGAAGAAGAGGAGGCGGCACAACGGGACCCAAAUCACGAAAAGAUCAACUUCCGUCCCUACAUCCAUCUGGCAGCCUGCAAUGUCAAGGAGAAUCUGCCAACCAACCCCGACCUGCCUGCUGAUCUCUUCACUUGUUGCUUGACUACCCCUAUAGAGAUGGCACUCUGGUUCUUCUGUCUGCAAAAUCCGCUAAAAACCAAAAUAUCUCCUGAGCGAGCCAAGAAGCUGCCAGGGCGGCUUCAGGAGCGCCGGACGCCUCUCGGAGAGCUCAACUGGAUUUUCACUGCCAUCACAGAUACCAUUGCAUGGACCACGCUACCACGCCAUCUCUUCCGCAAAUUCUUUAGGCAAGAUUUGAUGGUUGCCGCUCUUUUCCGAAACUUUCUCCUCGCACAGCGUAUCAUGCCUGUGUACAACUGCCAUCCCCAGUCGUAUCCCGAGCUGCCAGAUACACGUCAGCAUCCCCUUUGGGAGAGCUGGGACUUGGCCGUCGAUCUGGCUCUUGCCCAGUUGCCGGCCCUCGAGAGAAAGGAGAGUGAGGGGAUAGAGUAUGAGUACAUCAACUCGUCAUUCUUCGCGGAGCAGCUCACAGCAUUCGAGAUCUACUUGACCCGAGGGGAUGCUUUGUCCCAGAAGCCACCUGACCAGCUUCCAGUGGUUCUGCAGGUGUUGCUAAGUCAGCAGCAUCGAGUACGAGCUCUGGUCCUACUGGCAAGGUUCUUGGACCUUGGCCCUUGGGCAGUGCAACUGGCGCUCAGCAUUGGCAUCUUCCCGUACGUCUUGAAGCUCCUCCAGUCGGCGGCACAAGACCUAAAGCCAGUCAUGGUGUUCAUCUGGACUCGCGUUCUUGCGGUCGAUAUCUCAUGCCAGCAAGACCUUAUCAAGGAUAGUGGGUACAACUACUUCGCGGCCAUAAUGAAGCCGCAAGAUACCCUCUCCAUGGUUAGCGUCGGGUUCUUGGAUGAGCACAAGGCGAUGUGUGCUUUCAUCUUGGCUAUGCUGUGCAAAGACUAUAAACCUGGACAGCUUGUGUGUAACUCAACCGACAUCAUGACCUAUUGCCUGUACCAUAUUGCACGCCCAGAAGGCCCCCUCCUGAAGCAAUGGUCAUGCCUCUGCAUCAGCCAGCUCUGGAAGGACCUUCCUGAAGGUAAAUGGAGGGGCAUUCGGGAGAACGCCACUUCGAAGCUCUCCCACCUUAGUAGGGACCCCAACCCUGAAGUACGGGCAGCUAUGGCGCAUGCUAUGACCACGUUCCUAGGAAUCCCGGAUCUCACGGACGAAGUUGCGAGGAUCGAGGAAAGCGUUGCCUGGACCAUGCUUGAACUGGCUACAGACGGCAGCCCGAUUGUCCGAAAGGAGCUUCUAGUCUUCUUCUCUCAUUUCGUUCUGCGUUAUGAGAGCAAGUUCCUGGUUGCCGCCUUCGAGCAACUAUCCGAGGAGAAGGAUUAUCUUGCUUCGCCUCCGCCAGAGGAUGGCCAAGAUCACAGAAUGGGGUUACACUAUACUCGCCGAGAAAACCGGGAGAGAGAUGGCAGUAUCAAACCAUCAGCAUUUGGUGUAGCGCAUGAUUCGAUUUUCGCUGCCUGCUGGAAACACAUCAACAUCUUGAGCGUGGAUCCACAUCCCGAAACCCAAAGAGAUGCCACCAUCAUCGUGGAUUAUGUUCACAAUGCACUUCUCCAAUCACCACUUACAACGCAAACGCAAAAUCUCAUGGACGAGAUCCUCCGGCGCUCUAGAAAAGUGUCGAGGGGUGAUAUGAGCCAGAGAAGCGCCGCUGCCGGCACUCACGCUGCAGUCGCACAGCCAUUGCCUUCGCCAGGCCUUCUCAAGAGGACUGCAAGUUACCUGUUUGGCCCCCUCAUGGGGACCCUGGACCCUUCUUCAACCUCGAUUCCGCCACUGUCCCCUGGGCUACAAAGAAGUGGAUCUCGAAGCAGCCGAAAAGGUCCGGGCCUGGAUUCUGCGCCGCCUGAGCAAAAUGAUCAGGCUACUUCACCAGCAAACUACCACGUUGCCAAUGAACCGUCAUGUGCUGGUUAUAAAGAGCGCAGCAUGAAAGACCUGCCUAGCCUACCAUUGGUAAGCACGUUCUUGGACUGGUCCAUAGAGUAUUUCCGCGAGCCGCAGAUGAAAGCAUCGGAGGCCGAAGAGCCUGGCAGCCACGAGUACAACGAACGCCUCUGGCGGCGUUCACGCAACGAGGCCGUUUUGAGAGAGACUCAGCCCCAGAAGACGCAUGCGCGAACCCACAAGUGGAAUGACCAAAUCGGCGUCAUUAACAAUGGUUCACAACCGGCCAAACUCAGCUUCCAUCAGUUUGAGAAUUACGUGGCCGUCGCAGAUGACGGGAAUACAGUGAACGUGUGGGAUUGGAAACAGGGUGCCCGGAAGAGUCGUUUCUCCAACGGCAACCCAGAAGGCUCCAAGAUCUCAGACAUGAAGUUCAUCAACGAAGACGAUCAAGCGCUGUUGAUGACGGGGUCAUCAGACGGUGUAAUCCGCGUUUACCGGAAUUACGACAGCAAUGAGAACAUCGAGCUGGCAUCAGCUUGGCGCGCUCUGACGCACAUGGUUCCGUCCAACGUCAACUCGGGCAUGGUGUUCGACUGGCAACAGGUCAAGGGUCAGGUGCUCGUGGCCGGGGAUGAGAGGGUCAUUCGCAUCUGGAAUGCCGGUCAUGAAAUGUGUACCCAUGAAAUUCCAGCACGAUCCGGCUCCUGCGUUACUUCGCUCACGUCAGAUCAGAUGACAGGCAACAUCUUUGUCGCCGGAUUUGGCGACGGGGCGAUCAGAGUCUUUGAUACUCGCAUGAAGCCGCAGGAGAGCAUGGUUCGGAAAUGGAAGGACGAGAAAAGGCAGUGGGUACGAUCGGUGCACAUGCAACGCGGUGGACAGAGAGAACUGUUGUCGGCCAGCCGCAACGGCAAGAUCCGGUUGUGGGAUAUCCGUAUGGACCAGCCGCUCAAAUCGUUCCAGACCACCAAGGACGUACUCAGGACGGCAAGCACCCAUGAACACUUGCCUGUCUUUGCUGUUGGAACUUCGGCGCAUCUCGUCAAGGUCUUUGACUUUGAUGGCCAUGAGCUGACCCGGAUCGAGCCCUACUCCAGCUUUCUCCAAGGCCACAAGGGCACGCCUAUCUCUGCUACUGCAUUCCAUCCUCAUCGGAUGGUUUUGGGUUGCGCUGCUCGCGGGGACUAUCACGUCAACCUGUUCGCUUGUGGGAACGAGAAGGUCGGCCCCUUCUAGAUUACGAGAGGGAUGGCAACCUCCAAGUCACGAAAGGCACAAGAGGGAUGGCAUCCUCCAAGUUACGAGAGGCACGAGAGGGAUGGCAUCCUCCAAAUUACGAGAGGCACAAGAGGGGUGGCAUCCUCGGGUCUGUAGAACCGCCUAUGGCCUCUGGCAAGCUACAUCUACCCGUUGAUUUUCUCAUGAUUUGUGAUUGUUUGCAUUUAUCAUCUCUUAUGAUACGCUUCUCGGGUCCGUCACGUCUUGGUUCAUUUCGCGCUUCCCAACCAUCAUCCAUCAGAGGAAUUUCCUUUUCAAGCUUGCCCUGUUCACAUAGUGAUGCGUCUUCCUCUGGUUGUUGCUUUCUCUUCACUGCAUGGAGAUCUGGUUCUGUUGUGUUUAUGGUUAUGUUUAUGUAUGUCGCACGUUCAAGAGGAUAAUGCGUAUAUGAAGAACGAACGAACGAAUGUUUUCACGGAGGUCAAGUAGAGGCGAAUCAAAGCUCGUAAUGGGAGCCAGGGACCAAAAGGCGACCGGAAGGAUUGGAUCUUCUGUCUGAUCCGCUACAUUUGAUCCUGCGCACCGGUAGAGAGUGCGUGGAGGGAAGGAGGGUGAAUAAGGAUUUGCAGUAGUCUUUAAUUAGCGGUCUUAUUAUAAUCCACGAAGCG